CGCAAGGCGCGCAGGUCCCGCCCUCACACGCAGGCGGGGUCCCGGCAUGGAGGCGCGCAGGAACCACGUGUUUGUUGAGAAGGUGCUGCAGAAACUAUUUCCUAGUGUUCCACAUGGCCAAGAAAAGAGGGAGCUCCAAGCCCCAACUGUCAACAGUCCACCCAAGAACGUGAUCUCUGAGAGUAUGAGAGCCGAGCGUGUCCGGCCCCGGACAGAUGGUGACACUACGGCCCAGUCUGGGAGGCGGCUCUACACUGUGAGUCUGCCUCCAGAGGGGUAUGCUCCCUGUGUGCCAGAGCCACACCACAGCCGGCACCCUGAGAACGUUUCCAGCGGUGAGAGCUCAGAAGAUCAGGAUUUUCAUGAUCAACCAAAGAGAAGAAGAAUUAGAAAGCGUAAAUCAAAGAAAAAUCCCAACAGUACUUACAUGGAACAAGCACAGAUAGAGAAACAGCAGUGUCUUUUACAAGAAAAAUUACAGCCACAGCACACAGAUGGCCCCACAAUCAGUAAAAAUAAAAAAAGGAAACUGAAAAAGAAACAGCAGAUUAAAAGGAAGAAAGCAGCUGGCUUAGCAACCAAGGCCUCUGGGGUCAGUUUUCUGUACCAGCCAGAGGAGGGCAGCAGUGAGCGGGAAGGUGCAGGAGCCGUGGAAGGGCAGGACGCCCCAGAGGCUGAGGACCUUCCCACCACGGAUGCCAGGGAGCCGGACUCUACUGGGGCCAGCGAGGAGGACACUACAGAUGCCAGUGAGGAAGAUGUCAGAAUUACCUGUGAAAAGACAGAGAGUAUCCUAAAGUUUUUGAAGUCCACACAAGAAAUUUAUUUUUAUGAUGGUAUCUCCAAAGAUCCAGAUUCUGCUGUCAGUAUGGAAACCACCGAAGAGCUUCUUAACCACCUGCAGUCGCACCACCUCCCUCCCUCGGAUGUGUUCAUUCUUGAUCACAUGAAAACGCUGCUACUUUUGCAAGACAUUGAAAGAUUGAGGAGCGCCCUGGAAGUGUUCCCAGAACAUUGCACGAUGCCUCCUGACCAUGCCAGAGUAAUCAUAGUCUUCUUUAAUUAUUGGAUCACAAAUAUCCUUCCUGAGAGAAACAGUGAACAGAAUCAGAAUAUCUCUUUAAGAAGAUCUAAUAUUUAACAAGAAAAUAUGAAAGACAGAUAUGAAGUGGACUGAGAGUUAAUCCUUAAUACAAAAAGAUUGAGUUCCUAGUAUUUUCUUCAUGACCUACGUCCUAUGACCUUCGAAGUCAUUUCUGCCGUACUGAUGUUUGUACAUGAUUGUUAGAUGUUAUCUGUAUUUUUAUAAAAUUUUAAAUACCUACCUUAUAUCUGAAACUCUGUUUUAAGAAUGUUUUGUGGGUGGCAGGCAGUUCUAGGCAAGUCGUUUGUAGCGGAAUUUCUUCUUUUUCCUUUUCUCUAUCAAAACCUAUUUUUCCUGUUUUAUCUUUCCUCUUGAUCACAGAAGCAGUCACUGAUUUUUAGUGUUAACUGAGUUUAAAAGCAUCUAUAUAACAUUUCAGGAGGAUAUUAACGCUGUCCAUGAAAAUAACAGUGGUACUGUGGUAAAAUACACAUAACACAGAAUUUACCAUUUUAGGUGCACAGGUGAGUGGCUUUAGUGCAUUCGCCAUGUCAUAGGUGUGAACUGCAUCCGUUUUCCCUCUGUCUGCAGAAGGCGUGGGGCUGGCUCUCCACAUCGCCCGGGUGAGAGGUGCUGGUGGACGUUCCCUGUGGAUGGUUCUAUGUGAACAGUGCUUGCAUCCUUGGGACUGGGGCACACAGGACACGGUAUUUGAGGUUUCAGAGGUGUGACCUGCCUUCCACCAUGGCUGCCCGCUUCAUGCUCACACCGCACAGCCCCUUGAAUCUCCCUGCACCAGGUUUUUUACGGUCUCGAUUGCAGCCAUCCUGGGGGUAUGAGCUGGUGUUUUGCAGUUUCAAUUUCCCUGCCCUGAUGCCUGAUAGCCCUAAGCAUCUUCUUCUGGGCCGGUGGCCAAACAUCUGUUUCAGUCACUGCCCAUCUGUGUGGUGGGUUGUUUGGGUUUUGCUGCCGUGUUAUCAGAGUUCAGUGUAUUCUGGAUAAUCCCUUAUCCAAUGUGGAGUCCAGCUAAUCUCCUCCUUUGCUGCACUUCUGGCAUCGUAGCUGAGAAAUCAUCACCAAACCCAGAGUCAGACAGUUUCUGCUCUGUGUUUCCUUCUAAGUGUCAGAGUUGUAGCUGUUACAUGGUUGUUGAUCCAUUCAGAGUUAGUUUUACAGGUGCUGUAACGUAAGGGUCUGACUUCAUCCUUUUGCGUCUGGACAUCCAGUUUCCCCAGCACCACCUGCUGCAGACACUGCCUUUUCCCAUGGAAUGAGCGCCUGCACGCAAGGGCUUGGUUCUGAUUUGUCUCUUACAUCCCACUGCUCUGUCUUUGUGCCGGUACCAUGCUGCUUUGAAUACUGUAACUUUGUACUGAGUUUUGAAAUCAAGAAGUAUAAACCUUCCAACUUUGUUGUUUUUCAAGAUUGUUUUGGUUAUUUGAGAAUGCCUUGAGAUUUCGUAUGAAUUUUAGGCUGGGUUCUUCUAUUUAUGCAAAAAAAAAAAAAAAAAAAAAGGCCUUUCUUGGGACUUUGAUAUGGCCUCACUGAUUCUGCAGGUUGCUUUGGGAGUCCUGACAUCUUACCAGUAACUGGCCGGGUCCCGGGCUCUGGCUCGGCAGCCACUCUGCUCCCUGCAGACUUGUCCUUGUGCGUUCCUUGUGUUCCUUAAUCCCAUAACCCUCUCUUGAGCACAGGGAAGUUUAUUGGUUUCUUUUUUCUGAUAACUUCCCUGCUCCACUACCACCAACAUAAUAUAUUUUCCAUCAUUUUUGUUGUUUAGC